GAUUGCAACUGAAGCGUACCAGUACACAGCUAUAUACUGGCGUGGUGAGGCGAGGCGUGGCAUUCAGAGCUAGAGGAGGAUUCGUGGAGUAUUCGGUCGCAUCUGUGGGUCUGGUGCAAGUCCGCUCUCUUCUGACUGUGACUAACUUUCCUUCUAACAAGCUCAGGGCACCAUCUUUUCUAACGAGACUGAAGUUUUGUGUCAGAAGUGUCUUGGCUAAGUGACAAAUAGAGUGGGUUGGACAAGCAACACCAACAGUGAAAAAGCGGUUAAAAGAACAAUAUCCUCUUGUGAUUGCUGAAGGAACUACAGUGAAAGGUCCAAGGUCCCUUGAAAACUUACAGAGUACCACUUGCUCAUCCCUAAUUAUCUGUACCGAAGGACGAGACGAGGUUAUACCGUCGUUCCAGGUGAAGGAUGCAUUCCAACCGUGAAUCUGAGGUAGAAGUUCCUAUGUCGGAUUUGAUGGAGUCUGAGGACUCCGACCAUGAUGGAAUGGAAAGGAGAGAGGGGAGAGAACAAUGGGCUUCCCAGAUAGAAUACCUGCUGUCCAUGAUUGGUUUCUGCGUAGCCCUUGGCAACGUCUGGCGAUUCCCGUACAUCUGCCAGAGAAACGGUGGAGGGGCGUUCUUGAUUCCUUUCGUCAUGUGUCUUGUGCUGUGUGGCCUUCCUCUGGUCUUUCUCGAGGUUGCUCUGGGGCAGUUUUCAGGAAUGAGUCCUUCCCACGUCUGGAGCCUGUGUCCUUUAAUGAAAGGUAUCGGCAUUGGCAUGCUGAUCAUAUGUGUUGGGUCUGCCGUCUACCUGAACGUAAUCUGUGGCUGGGCGAUGUACUACGCCAUAUCCUCUUUCAGUACCGUCCUACCCUGGACGAACUGUAACAACACGUGGAACACUGACACUUGUGUUGCUGGCGUCGAGGCAUUGCACCAUAGAUUAACUGGAGAGUACAAUGCCACAAGUGACUGGGUCAACAAGUCCUACAGCUUCAAUACUACUGACUUCAACAUCACAACAUACAGUAGCGAGGAUUUACACAAUCAAUAUCGUACAGCAGCGGAAGAAUUUUGGCAUUACAAGGCACUUGGGAUUUCAAAGGGUAUCGACGAAAUUGGUUCGAUCAAGUGGGAGAUGGCGCUGUGUCUUCUGGCUUCCUGGUUCCUCAUCUUCAUAUGCGCGGUGAAAGGCGUGCGAUCUGUUGGAAAGGCCGUCUAUGUAACAGCAACCUUACCGUAUGUCAUCCUUACUGUUCUGCUCAUUCGUGGACUGACUCUACCGGGAGGAACCGAUGGAGCUGUCUUCUAUUUCACUCCAAAUUUCAGUAAACUUCUGGAAGUACAGGUGUGGUUGGAGGCGUGUCUCCAGGUGUUCUACUCCCUGGGUGUGGCCUGGGGUUGUAUCAUCACUAUGUCAAGUUACACCAAGUUCAACACAAACUGUCUCAGAAAUGCGAUUGUGUGCACCUUUCUGUGUGAAGGAACAAGCAUGUAUGCUGGUCUUGUAGUCUUCACGAUCCUUGGAUACAUGUCCCACGAGGCCAGUGUGCCGAUAACGGAAGUUGUGUCAUCAGGACCUGGAUUGGGCUUUGUUAUUUACCCAGAAGCCCUGGCUCAUCUUCCGGUUCCACAGUUGUGGAGUUUUAUCUUCUUUGUCAUGAUCAUCCUAUUGGCGAUGGAUUCUCUGUUCUCGCAAGUUGAAACUUUCAUGACGGCAAUCUUGGAUGAAUACCACAGCCUAGUGAAAUGGAGAAUACCAAUCGCCGCUGUCUACUGCCUGGUGUCAUUUCUCGUUGGACUUGUAAUGACUACUCAGGGUGGAGUAUAUGUGUUCCAGCUUGUAGACUGGUACAUUGUGGCGCUUUUCAUCACAUUCGUUGCUUUGCUGGAAUGUAUCAUGGUGUCAUGGUUGUAUGGCAUUGACCGUUUCAGUGGCGACAUUCAACUGAUGAUUGGCAGACCAGCACCCCUAUUCUUCAAGAUCACAUGGUGUUACAUUACACCAGCAAUGCUCCUGAUGACUAUUGUUUUCACCUUCGCCCAGUAUAAGUUGCCAACAUAUGGAGAAUAUGUGUAUCCUUAUUACUCGACUGUAAUAGGAUGGAUAAUCGCUUCCCUCCCCCUGAUGCCUGUGAUAAUAAUGAUGUUCCUCGCUAUUUACCGUGGGAAAGGAGGUGUUUUUCAGAGGAUCAAGAUGUCCCUGAAACCUGAUGACACAUGGGGGCCAUCUGAACCAUCUUACCGUGCAGAGUACAUCAAGAAACACAGAAGACCUUCCACUCUCAAAAGUGCCUUCAAAUCGUCGAUUUCCUGGAAAGGGUAGAUAAUCUCAGUUGGUGACCUUUAAAGCAAGAAGUAAGCACCAGUUUGUGCCCAAGUUCACUUUUUGCCUGCAUCGGAGUAUUUGCUUAGACUGGCAAAGUCUACCAUCAGUCCAUAAUACUUAGAACGCCAUUGGCCUAUAAUUUAUACAUAUAGAGAAGUUAAAGAUAUAUUUAUGUAACGGAAUAUACAUCAAUAACCAUGACAACUGACAAACAUAUCCCGUCGUUGUGUUAGUGCAUGCUUUAUGAGAUUCAUAUAAUGCAGAAUGAAAUUCGACAAUUUUUGUUCAGUAUUUUUAGUCUUCAUUAAAAAGUACACUUUACACAAGUGAGGAUAAAAGAUUCAUUCUUGAACUGGCUUCAACAUAAAAUGGAAACAAAAGUACAUCAAGUGGUAUUUAUCUUCCGUAUUACAAAAAUCAACAUACAGUUGACAGAUUCUGCCUUCUCUUUUGAAAUCAUGGUGUCUAUCUAAUUCAAUAAGGAAAUCGUGAGAACUGCCAUAAGGACACUUCGAAUUUCUGCACGUGUCUUUAGAGCAAAUGGUGCUGUCUGUUAAAUAUAGUAGAUACUUGAGAAGAUACUCACUUUGUUCAGUCUAUAAAGCACCAGACCCAGUGAUUUAAUCAACUGGUUAACACACGGUGUCGAGUUACACUUACAACCACGAUCAUAGAGUAACAACUCAUUGUUACAGGUCCUUUUCAAUUUUGAAUUUGGUAUCUUAAGUAUUUUCUUACUACUAUUCAGUAAACUGAGUAUAUGUGUAUUAUUUAACACUCAGAUACUUCUUACAAGCAUAACUUGUUACGUGUGUUAUAUUAACACCCAGAUAGUUCUUACAAGUAUAAAAAUGAAUCGUUUCAAAAGCAUCCAUUUUUUCUGAAUCCCUAUAUUUUGGAUUCAUGCAUCAUAAUUGAGCUGAUAUCAUUUGGAAAACAAUUAUGUUUCCAAAUUGCUUGUUUGUUUUUUUAAAGAAUCGCCAUGGAAUUUUCAAAUCUUGUCAAGCAACCUUGUUAACAUACACAGGGAAUGAAAAAUCGUUCUU